GGGUUGUGUGUAAAUACUUUACUUUUAGAGAAGUAUUUCAGCGCACCUAAGAGGACAGUUCACAAACAUAACUAUGAAAUAGGACGCAGGUGAACUCUGUUCUGUCAACUGUCAGAAUAAGACAGUGAACCUACUGGCCGAGUAUGGGGGAAGAAUAUGACACCUGUGGAGUUAAGGAGGUAGUAAAUGAAGGAGAUUCAAGCCUUGCCAAGGAGCUACAGGAAGAGACUGAGGAAAAUCCUAGCCCUAUUGUGGAUGAGAAUAAUAUAGUAUCGACCAAAAAGCAGGGACCGAGCACACAUAAUUGGAGCGGUGACUGGAGCUUCUGGAUCUCGAGUUCCACCUAUAAGGACAGGAAUGAGGAGUACAAACAGCAGUUCACACACCUGCCCGACUCCGAGAAACUGAUAGCAGAUUAUGCUUGUGCCCUUCAGAGGGAUAUUUUGCUUCAGGGGCGGCUGUACCUUUCAGAAAACUGGCUGUGUUUCUAUAGCAACAUCUUCAGAUGGGAAACUACAAUUUCUAUUGCUUUAAAGAAUAUAACCUUUAUGACCAAGGAGAAAACUGCUCGACUCAUCCCAAAUGCUAUCCAGAUCAUCACAGAAGGUGAAAAGUUUUUCUUUACGUCUUUCGGUGCCAGAGACAGAAGUUACCUAAGCAUAUUUAGGUUGUGGCAGAAUGUAUUGUUAGAUAAGAGCCUGACCAGACAGGAGUUCUGGCAACUGCUCCAGCAGAACUAUGGCACGGAACUGGGCUUAAAUGCUGAAGAAAUGGAAAACUUGUCAUUAUCAAUAGAAGAAAAUGUGCAGCCAAGAAGUCCAGGAAGAAGCAGUGUGGAAGACUCUGGGGAAAGGGAUGAAAAGUCCUCCAAGGCCAUCAGCUUUCCACAGGAGUCAGUUAGCCGCGUCUCAGAGACUGAGUCCCUGGAUGGAAACUCACCGAAAAGGGUAUUAGGAAAAGAAGAGUCCCAGAGUGAGAAACAUUUGAAAAAAAGCCUUUCCCUAGCUUCGGAGAAGAGGUUAAGUAGAGUGCCCUCCAAAUCUCUGGACUUGAAUAAAAAUGAGUACUUCUCUCUGGACAAAAGCAGCACUUCAGAUUCUGUUGAUGAAGAAAAUAUUCCUGAGAAAGAUCUUCAAGGAAGACUUUAUAUCAACCGCGUUUUCCACAUCAGUGCUGAGAGAAUGUUUGAACUGCUCUUCACUAGCUCACACUUUAUGCAGAGAUUUACUAAUUCUAGAAAUAUAAUAGAUGUGGUAUCUACGCCCUGGACAGUUGAGUCUGGAGGCGAUCAGCUGAGAACCAUGACCUACACUAUAGUCCUCAGUAAUCCACUUACGGGGAAAUGCACUGCUGCCACGGAGAAGCAGACACUGUAUAAGGAAAGCCGGGAAGCACAAUUUUAUUUAGUAGAUUCAGAAGUCCUGACACAUGACGUUCCCUACCACGACUACUUCUAUACGUUGAAUAGAUACUGUAUCGUCCGAUCUGCAAAGCAGAGAUGCAGGCUGAGAGUUUCCACAGACGUGAGAUACAAGAAACAACCAUGGGGCAUUAUCAAGUCUUUAAUUGAGAAGAAUUCCUGGAGUUCACUGGAGAGCUAUUUCAAACAGCUCGAAUCAGAUUUAUUAAUGGAAGAGUCUGUGCUAAAUCAAUCCAUCGAAGACCCUGGAAAACUCAGUAGCCUACGACGGAGAAGGCGGACCUUGAAUCGAACGGUAGAAACAGUUCCUAAGCUGCCCUCCCAGCGUUCUUCUAUAGAUGUGGGCUUCGAGGCCAAAGGGGAUGUUACAGGAAAGAGGAAGACCAUGGACAGCUGCGACACCGCUCUGAUUGUGGUGAUGAGCGUUUUUUUGCUGUUGCUAGUUCUGCUGAAUGUGACGCUGUUUCUGAAGUUGUCAAAGAUAGAACACGCCGCUCAGUCCUUCUACCGGCUUCACCUCCACGAAGAGAGAUCUUUAAAUUUAGUCUCUGAUAGGUUCUCAAGAACAGAAAAUAUUCAAAAGAACAAAGAUCAGGCUCACCGUUUAAAAGGAGUGCUCCAAGAUUCCAUAGUGAUGUUGGAACAGCUGAAGAGCUCACUCGUUAUGCUUCAGAAGACCUUCGAUUUACUUAACAAGAACAAGACUGGGGCGGCUGUAGAGAGCUAGCGCCUAGCUGCAGAAAUCGGAUACCUGGAGCUAGAGACAACAACAGCUGGAAGGGAGCCGAGGAUGAGACUGUCACUGUCACAAGAACAUUUCUGAUAUUUUUAUUUCUGGAUUUCUACUAGGAAAGCCUUAUUUAAAUAACAUUUACCAAGUGAUUGCUCUCCAAUAGCCUUAAGACUCUAUCUUUUCACUUCUUAUAGAUAUUUUUAAGCUGUGAAUUUCUCCAGUGAACCAUGAAAUAUAUUUUGGAAUUGAAAUUCUGUGACACAAAAGGGAAGGGAGACACCCUGGGCACGGUGGCAUUUUUUCUAUGCUGAGGCUUGUAACUUGACCUUUUAAAUUUAUCUGUUAGCACAGAGUCCCUGUGUGCCCCGGGGUCUGUGUUUUGUGUUCAUCACUGAGUUUAAGAGCCCAAAAAG